UUAUCUUCCAAACACAUACAGACAUAUACACAGAAGCUCAACGGGAGAUAGAUACAAAGUUACAAACACAAAGAUGAGGCUUGGGCUAAAAGGUCUCACCUUUCUGCUUCUCCUUUUCUUGCUUGUUCUGUGCUCCAGCAUCCGUCUAUGUGAUGCAAGAGGCGGGAAGCAUUGGAGGCGAAGCAGAGCGACCUCCACCUCUAUGCUGAGAAAAGGGAAACCAAAGAGCAGUAGUUCCCACAAGCAAAACGGCAAAGGAAAUCAGAGUCCAUACCAGCCAAGUCCGAGCACAAGCCCUGUCAGCCCGAGCGGAAGCCCUGUCCAGCGCAAAGGAGGCCAGGGUCCAACAAUGCCAACACCAGGUGGAGGAAGUGGAUGUACAGUGCCACCUCCACCGCUGCUGCGGCCGCCUCCACCGCCGUCUCCACCGGCAGCGCAGGACACAGUCUUCAACGUGGUUGAUUUUGGAGCCAAGGGUGAUGGGGUUACGGAUGAUACUCAGGCUUUUGAAGCAGCAUGGGCAGCAGCAUGCAAGGUGGAGGCAUCUACGGUUCUUGUACCAUCUGAACUCGAGUUUGUCGUUGGCCCAAUCUCAUUUUCUGGGCCUUACUGUAAACCAAACAUUCUAUUCCAGCUGGAUGGCACUAUUUUAGCUCAAACUAGUGCGAGAGUGUGGGGUUCUGGUUUGCUUCAAUGGCUUGAGUUCACAAAGCUAACUGGAAUAGCAAUCCAAGGCAGUGGUGUAAUAAAUGGUAGGGGGCAAGAAUGGUGGACCUACUCAGAUCCAAAUGACGACGAUGACAAUGAUGCAUUCAGAGUGGAGCUAGACAAGAUGCCACAGAUUAAACCUACGGCACUGAGAUUUUAUGGCAGUUCCAAUGUCACAGUAACGGGUAUCACGAUUGUUAACAGCUCACAGUGCCAUCUGAAGUUUGAUAGCUGCCAAGGAGUCAUGGUUCACGAUUUAACCAUCUCUUCCCCUGAGAAUAGUCCCAACACCGAUGGAAUACACCUGCAAAACUCCAGAGAAGUCAACAUUCACCACACUAACAUGGCUUGCGGUGAUGACUGUGUUUCCAUCCAGACAGGAUGCAGUGACAUAAACAUACAUAAUGUGAACUGCGGACCAGGCCAUGGGAUCAGUAUUGGUGGUCUAGGGAGGUAUAACACAAAAGCAUGUGUAUCCAACGUCACUGUAAGAGAUGUCAACAUGUACAAAACAAUGAAUGGUGUCAGAAUCAAGACUUGGCAGGGUGGUUCCGGGCUGGUUCAGGGUAUAAGGUUCUCAAACAUACUGGUCUCAGAAGUUCAAACGCCUAUCAUCAUAGACCAAUUCUACUGCGACAAAACAACAUGCAGAAAUCAAACUUCAGCAGUGGCUGUUUCAGGUGUUCAGUAUGAGAACAUCAGGGGGACUUUCACAAUUAAACCAGCCCACUUUGCGUGCAGCGACAACUCGCCUUGUUCAGAUAUCACUCUUACCGGAAUACAACUCAAACCCAUGACAGUACCACAGUACCACCUAUACAACCCCUUCUGCUGGCAAGCCUUUGGAAUGCUGUACACCCCAACCGUACCUCCCAUAUCUUGCUUGCAGAUCGGCAAACCAGCAGGGAACAGCGUGUUGUCAGAUGGUGACCUUUGCUGAAAGGCUGAGGCUCUCUAAAAAGGAGUGGAAGUGCUCAAGUGCCUUAAUCGGGACAAUACUGUUUGUGUCCAUCAGUUAAGGCGGUCGUCGUGAUUCUUCCGACCCCUUUGCACAAUGCCGUGUACUGUGCAUAUAUGCAGCUAUUGUCAGGGACUCAGGAAUCAGGAUAUGGCUUUUAUGGCACGUACCAACUCGCCUCUUGAUAGGAAAUAUAGGAAGUCGAUGAUAUAAUAUAGGUAGUGUUUGUCCCGUGUUUCCAGUGAUGUAUCAUGCAUACGUAUGAGAUGCUUCAAGGGAAAACAUAGAAUCAGCAGUCUGUAGCCCGCUUCACCGCAAUGCACAUACAAAUAUGAAUGGUA